GCGUCGCCCACGACCCUCCCCGGAGGAGCUGGAGCUGCCGGUCGGUUGGGUCGGGCCCGGAGCCGCCACUGUCGGGAGGGGGGGCGGCGGCGGCGGAGGAGGAGGAGGAGGAGAUGGUGUCCCCCGCUGCCUCUGCCGGGCGCCUGGGCUCCGCGCUGCCCUUCCUGCUCGUGCUCCUCGACCUACAGUACCAGGGAGCUGAGUGUGGAAUAAAUGCAGAAGUAGAAAAACAACUUGAAAUGGGAAAGAAAUUAUUGGCUGCUGGACAGCUGGCGGAUGCUUUGUCUCACUUUCAUGCAGCUAUAGAGGGGGACUCUGAUAACUACAUUGCUUAUUACAGAAGAGCCACAGUGUACUUAGCCAUGGGCAAAUCUAAAGCAGCAAUUCGCGAUUUAAGUAAAGUGGUUGAGUUAAAGCAGGACUUCACAUCAGCAAGAUUACAGAGAGGACACUUACUGCUUAAGCAAGGAAAAUUUGAUGAAGCAGAGGAUGACUUUAAAAAUGUGCUCAAAUCCAAUCCUAGCAAUAAUGAGGAAAAAGAAGCCCAGACUCAGCUGACAAAAUCUGAUGAGCUGCAGCGCCUGCAUUCACAAGCAUUAUCUGCCUACCAGCAAGAGGAUUACGAAGCUGCUAUUUCUCUUCUUGAUGAAAUCUUGGCAGUUUGUGUUUGGGAUGCAGAGCUACGGGAACUUCGAGCAGAGUGUUAUAUAAAGGAAGGGGAACCAAGCAAAGCCAUUAGUGACUUGAAAGCUGCUGCCAAAUUAAAGAAUGAUAAUACUGAAGCCUUCUAUAAAAUCAGCAGAAUAUAUUAUCAGCUGGGGGACCAUGAAUUAUCUCUCAGUGAGGUCCGGGAGUGUCUGAAACUGGACCAAGACCAUAAGCAGUGCUUCUCCCUCUAUAAGCAAGUAAAGAAACUCAACAAGCAGAUCGAGUCAGCAGAGGAAUUAAUCAGAGAAGGCAGGUAUGAAGAUGCUAUCAGUAAAUAUGAUUCUGUAAUGAAAACUGAACCAGAAGUCACAGUUUAUUCUACUCGUGCCAAAGAAAGGAUCUGUCACUGCUUAUCAAAGAAUCAGCAGGCUACAGAAGCCAUCAAACUUUGUACAGAAGUUCUGCAGCUGGAACCAACCAAUGUGAAUGCCCUGAAAGACAGAGCAGAAGCUUAUUUGCUGGAAGACAUGUAUGAGGAAGCUAUUAAAGACUAUGAGACUGCUCAAGCCAACAGUGAAAAUGACCAGCAGAUUCGGGAAGGGCUGGAACGUGCCCAGAGAAUGCUGAAGCAAUCACAGAAGAGGGAUUACUAUAAAAUCCUGGGAGUAAAAAGAAAUGCUCGAAAGCAAGAAAUCAUAAAAGCUUACAGAAAGCUGGCAUCCCAGUGGCACCCUGAUAACUUCCAGAGUGAGGAAGAAAAGAAGAAAGCAGAGAAAAAAUUCAUCGAUAUCGCAGCUGCUAAAGAAGUCCUCACUGACCCAGAAAUGAGGCGGAAGUUUGAUGCGGGAGAGGACCCACUGGAUGCGGAGAGUCAGCAGGGCGGCAACAACCCUUUCCACAGGAACUGGAACACAUGGCAAGGAUUCAACCCCUUUGGUUCUGGAGGAGGACCAUUUACAUUCAAAUUUCACUUCAGUUAGAGCCAAGACUGUUUCUGGUGGCUGCUGCUGUUUUUUACUUAAUUCAUUGAAAAAUAAAAAGUCUCUCAGUUCAAGACCCAAAAUCAUAAUUUCUAUAAUGUUGUCCUUAACCCAGAGUCUUACUGCACUAGAAGAAAGCUCCUUUUUUACUUUCAUUGGGUUUACUUUGUGGUGAGCUUGACAAGCUCACACUGAUGGGGGUUGUGCUGCCUAUGUAUUUGCUGUGGAUAUGCAGGACUUGUUUAUUCCUAUGGAUGGAAAAACCAGUAAGAUGCUACUUAGGACAACACUUAAAUUUAGAACUCAAGUAUACGCUUAAAGAUAAAAAUGCAUGUAAAUAUUUUUCUGGAUUGGGGCCUAAUAAACGUGGCAAGGGUAGUUACAGUAGUCUCUACAUUAACAAACUGUUGGUUGUGCUCAGCAGAAUGAUCCAUCUCCCAGUAUUUUUAAGAGGAAACCCAAGUGACCACCUGCUGGAUUGGCGUUGGCAGUGACAGAGGUGGGGAAGAGGCUGCGCGCUGAACCAGUUGCAACAAUCGCUCUGGAAAAAGAGUGCUUGGGAGUACCUGUAUCUGAAAUACCUGCUCACUUUGUUGUUCACUAACCUGAAAUUAAUUGGGGUGAUUUCCUUGGUGGAACCCUCAGCAGUGAGGUGGGGGUGGGUGGAAAGACUUGCUUUUCAAAACACUUCUUUUUUGAAUGUGAUUUGGGGUGUUUAUUUAGGUAUGAUUUUUGAGUAGUUUGCACUUUAACAAAAUACCUGCUUGAGAUUUCAGCAGAAAAUUUUAUGUGACAUUUCCCUGAUUCUGCAGCAGUUUGUUAGUUCUGUACAUAAACUCAGAACUGAGACAGCUUGUGAGGCAAGUGUACUGCAGGAAUAUUAAUUAAUUAAUACUAACUCCAGCCUUAGCAUGUAAUACAACUUCACUUCUGCUGAGUGAUACAACAGGGAGUUAGUACUACAUGAAAUUGUAGUAAUUUUAUGUUAUGUGCAAGGUACUGCAGAGACAGCUCUGUGCAAAAACAGGGAUUCGCUUCCCACUAGCCAAAAGUCUGUUUUUAUUUUUUCUUCUAUAUGGACGUACUUAAAAUGGGUUUGGUGUAGUUGGUGCAACUGUGUGAAUGCGCUGUGUGGUGUUACCAGGGCUGUAGCUGGUAGGAGUGAGGAGUCUUCUCGUUCUGUAACUGCAUCUGUCAUAAUUACUGACAUAAUUACUGAGUUUCAUCAGCAGCCAUUUUCUUGGAAUGCAGGAAUUACAGUUUGUCAGUGUUCUCUUGAUUGGAUUUUAACUGGAAAACAAUAAUCAGUUGAUAGGAAUCUUCUCUCGCUUCAACUCCUGGCACUUGAAAACCUAAGCAGCCUCAGUAAAACAAAUGAUAUUGGCAAAUAAGGCCUUCAGUCUGAAAGGGGGCUUUUCUUACUGUAGAUGAAGUUGCUGUUGAAGCAGAACCCUUGGCUCCUGCCUCAAGUGCUUCACCACCAUAAUUGCAAGGCCAUGUGGCUUUGUAAAGUGUUUUUCAACAGCAGUUCAAAGGUCAGUGUUCACAAAUUUAUCUUCAAACUGAGGAGCUUGUAUAGUGGUAUCUAAAAAUUUAUGAUACAAAACCACCCCACUCUCCACUGUUGCAUGUUCCCCAAGUUGAAUGACUUUCUGCAAGUUCAGCUUGUGCUUUCGACCUGUUGGAAACGUUUUUGCUUAAACUGUUGGGGAUGCUCAGGGCUGUUCAGAGGCUGGCAUGGCUCUGAGGGGCUGGGGCUCAGACACAGGAACUCACUGCACAGUGAGGAACCUGCUGCUCCAUGGGCUUGGCCUCUGCACCUGCUGCUUGCUGGCAGUACCUAAAGCUGGGCAGGUACCUGUGAGUGGUGGCUGUCCCGUGUCCCCCUGCAGCCCUUGUCAGCCCUGUGCCCCUGAGGGGCUGCUGUUACAUGAGUAUUGAAUGAGCCGCGUGAGCUAUGUGUCUGCUCUUGUACAUGCAGGAGUGGCUGGGCUGCGGGAAGUCACAGUAAAGACCACAGACAGCUGUGCUUGUGGGCCGGGGGAGUGCUGGGAAUAAGUCUUCUUUCAAAGGACUGCCCUUGUGCAGCUUUAAAAGCUUGAGCUGAGAGAAUUGUUUCCUGGGGUUUAAUUUUUUUCUUCUAGAGAAGGAAUAAGAUGUUCCCUCAUGAGUAAAUUCUUCAUACAAGGCACUGAUGUUGGAGCAGUGUCACUUUGUUUCUCAGAGGCAGCAGCACAGCUCUGCUGUACACCGGGAGCAUUCAGGAACAAAAAAGGACCCAUGUGCAUUUUGAAAAUGAAUGAAUGGAAAUGGGAAAACUACAUUUUAAGAACAAAAAGGCUUGAAUGUAGUCAGUAGAUGCUGAUUGCUGAAUGCAUGAUUGCUGUUCACAGAUUCCUUCUGUGGAAGACAGGUUCUUGGAAACAAUAGCAAAAAGUGACAGUGGGGAACAAGGCUUUCCUAGUAUUGAGCAGCUGCUGUUUACAGGAAGUGUUACCACCCCAGUGCUGUUUUGAAGGGCUUUGAAGUGUUCUGGAAACACAGAAAGACAAAGUAAUGUUAAAAAGAAACCAUUUCCCUUGCAAGGCUCUCCAGCUCCGGCGCUGCAUUUCCUGACGUGAUUCUGGAACAUGAAGCGCCGGUACCCUGCUGAGUGUUAAUGGUGCAGGCGACACGCAAGGAGGCUGAACUCGCCUUUUUAUUUAUUCGUGGGUGUCUGUAGUGCAAUGAUGUUCAGUAACUGAACAUUGAAGUAAAUGUCUCGGUAGUUUGUCAGCCCUGAGAUGUGCAUGAAGCAGCGUUACCAUAAUUGGCUGUAUGUAGAUGCAAACUUUGUGGAAUUCUUUCAGUUUUAAUAAACUAGUUUCCAACUUGUUUUAAAAUGAAGGUGGGGGGAGCAUAGUUGGUACAUGCUUAAUACUGGUAUAAUAACUGAUCAGUAUUUAAAGAGAUUCAAAGUGAAUUACAAACUGAAGAGCUCAAACUUGUGACAUACGCAGAAAAAACAAAGCUUGUUAUUGUUUCAGUUUUCAGACCAGCGUUUGGAACAAGAAUUAUCCUUCUGUUUAGGGCUGUGAUUUAUAGGAGCUUUGCUGGAAACUAGCCACGAUAGCAUAGCAGGUUAGUUGUAUUUAAAAGUGCCUUAUUGUAAGGUAUUGUUUGCUCUGUAAUCCACACUUUUAUCCAUAAAGCUGUAACAAAAUAAAUGGGAGAAUAAUUUUUUUUUUUUUUGCCCUCAGCAAAUCACUAAGUAGCAGUUUCAUGUUUUAAGAAGGAUAAGUAAAGCUAGCCAGAGAUUUAUCAAAUGUUUCAAAUUAUAAAAUGUCUUUAUAUGGAAUCAUAAAUCUAAAAAGCAAGACUGUUUUUUCUAGAACUGUGGGAAUUAUUUUAUGGUAUUUUUCACAAUAAAGAUAUUUAUGAUGACAAGAAA